AUGAGUUCCAGCUCUGAUGAUGUUCAUCAUUUGAUGGACGAAAGCUCAGUCCGUUUUUACCCGAAACGAGGGAGAUCUCGUGGACUGAGUCAACCUGAACGUCGUAUAAAAGCCAAACGGCUGCAGUACAGCGGGAUUCAUCCGUCUCCCUCUGAUGAAAUCGACCUCUUCUUCAUCGAAGUAUUUGAUGAGAAUGGCGAAUUUGUCCUCCGUUUUGGAGAGCAUGGUCGAGAGCCGGGUCAACUAGCGCGACCGAUCGACGUUGCUGAAACGAUUAACGGCAACUAUUUGAUAUCAGAUUUUGAUUCACACUGCGUCAAUGUUUUUACACCUGUAGGGCGCUACAUCUCCAGAUUCGGCCAGCGCUACCUCGGCGGACCCAAAGGUCUGACGGUGGAUAGUCGAGGCCGAAUCCUUGUAGUUGACGCCAAGACUUGCAUGUUGUGCAUUUUUAAACCAACAGGAAAGUUCAUAAAUCGUUUUGGCGCAAGGGGCGUAGCCGAUUCACAGUUUGGCAUUCCGAUGUAUGUGGCGGUGAAUUCGCAAGAUGAGAUUUUGGUCAGUGACUUUCAGAAUCAUUCCAUUAAAAGGUUCGAUUGUAAUGGAAUAUUUCUGGCUAAAAUCGGAGUAAACGGCAUGCAGCCGGGUUGCUUUCAUUCUCCUACGGGGCUGGCGAUCGAUUCUAACGACAACAUUUUUGUGUGCGACUGGGGAAACUGUCGACUCCAGGUAGGCAAAUGUAAAAGUUUUUAUAUAUAA